CCUGCGAGGGAGCCGAGUUCCGACCCCCAGCCCAGAUAGCCAGUUCUGGAGAAACCUCCUCCGUGGGGGGGCUGAAAAGCCCCAGUUGAGCUAAUAGAAGCACAUAGCUUUUAUGUAGCUAGGUACAAAUGAGACGCAUGCGUUAUUGUAGUUCCGCUCUGGAAGCCAUUAAGUUUUGAUCUUUACAACAACCCUGUGAGGUAGAUCUGUAUUAUUGCAUGCAGAGGGGAGGCCGAGGGAGAGACCGCCUGUUAAGGGAUGACUACGACAAGGAGAUGAAGCAAGCCAAGGAAAAGGUGAAGAAGAGGCACACGCCAGCCCCUGCCCGACCCAAAAAACCAGAUCAGCAGGUCUAUCAUCCCCGUCAAAGAAAUAGAGCUGAAGUCACAUCUGGCCUGGAGUAUGAGGGCUCCAGUGAGAGUAGCUCCAGUACUGAACUAGACCCUUAUGGACCAGCACUCUUCUGCCUGGAAUAUGAGGCUGACAGUGGCAAGAUCACCUCAGUUGUUGUGCACCAGGACAAUGACCCAGAUGAGGUGGUAGAGAAGAUCAGUGCCCAGAACCAACUGGAACCAGCUAUGCGUGAGGCCCUGAAGAAGCGGGUGCAGGAGGAGCUGGAAAAACGACGGGUAAAGCGCUGAGACACAGUGGCGAUGUCUGUGUUGUUUGCCUGGCUGGGAAAUACUUUCUACAAAAGGGGCAGUGAACUUGUCCCACAGUGUUUGGCUUGGAGGCUUCAAGAAGGGUCAGGGAGUUAGCUGAAUCUUAUUACAGGCACCUGCUUCCUAGUAAGGCAGGCCUUUGUUGUCCGGGCCUGAAAGGAGUGAUUGGAAGGAGCUGGGGCUGUGGGAACAGAAUGUCAGCCAGAAAUGGCCCAAGGACAUUUUGAAAGCUGUUCAGGAAGAUGUAGUCUAGCUGAAACCUUAUCAGAUGGCCUCGUGCAGCCCUGAGGAAUGGUAUCAUGACCAAAGUCCUAUAUCAUGCUAGCCCAGCAUCCUUUAUCCCUUCUUGUGAGUUCCCACUCUGCUGGCUUUUGAAUCUCUAGAUUAGAUGAAUUCACACCAAGACACGUUUUACAUCAUCCAGAGUUAAGCAGUCUAUUUGGCUUUACUUUGCCAUGACCUGCAGGCAGUUUUACAAACAGACUUCCCCAGACUGAGCCUGGAGGACAUUGUUAGGUGAACAAGACAAAAUUACAAGGCAACAGAGAAGCUUCUGUGGGGCUGUUGAUGGCAGUGAGCCUGGUAGUAUACAUCUGGUCCAGACUGAGAUUUGACCCAUACAUGUAUAUUUCUAGAGUAUCCCGUUUCAAAAUGCACUGGUUCGAGAUCAACAUCUCAUUAAGACAGUGUAGCUGGCUUCUUUCUAGCAUUUUAUUGGCAUUGGUAGGCUGUAAAACAGUUGGCUGAACUACUUCUGGCCAUCAACUGAAUUCUCUUUGGACUAAAAAUGCUGUUGUUGCAUUGUUGUGCACUAAUAAAUAUUUUCAGAAA